AUGCCAACAUCAACAUCAACAGAAACAUCAGCAUCAUCAUCAACAUCAAAUGAUGAACAAAUCCACAUACGGAAUCAUAUGCGAAUUAGUCCAGCUGCUGCAGAGCCUAACAGUGGCAGCAAUGCGUCCGCUGCAGCAGCAGCAGCGGCCGCUGCAGCCACCAACGGCACCGAGGGCAGCACAGCCCUCAACGAUGACCAGGAUGCCAAGCGGCGCAAGUGCCUGGAAACAGAUGAAACCCAAGAUGGAGCAAGCACCAUGAUUGAUCCGAACAGCGUGCUGAAUAAGAUCGCCCACAUGUAUGCGGAGCAACUGAUGUCGGACAUUGUUCUGCUGGUAGAUGGUAAGGAGUAUCCGGCACACCGUGUCAUACUCUGUGCGAGCAGUGAUGUCUUUCAAGUCAUGCUGAUGAAUCCGGAGUGGAACGAGUGCAGCAAACACGUGAUCGAGCUGCACGAGGAAGCCUGCUGUUCGGCUGUAUUUCCACAGUUCAUCAAGUAUCUGUAUGUGGGUCAGAUCGAGGUGACACUGCAGACGGUGAUGCCGAUGCUGGCAUUGUCCGACAAAUACAAUGUGCGAGAUCUCAUCGAGCUGUGCAUCGGCUAUAUGACGAAGCACGUGGCCAAGGCAGCGACCAAUGGCUUUUUGGUCUCCUGGCUGCAAUAUACGCUCUCGUUUACGCCCACGCACAAUGAUCUCACCGAAACGCUGAAGCGUUUCCUCAAAAACAAUUUGGAACUGGUGGCCGAGUCCAAGGACUUCGUUGAAAUGGAUCCCGCCAUACUGCAGCUGCUGCUGCAGCAGAACGACAUCGUUGUCACCAGCGAGUACAAAUUGUUUAGCAUCUUGCAGACGUGGCUGCUGCAUCGCCGUGGACUAAUCGAAGCCCAAACCGGCCUCAGCGCCGACAAAAGGGCCAGCAACUUCAUGGAGCUAAUUGAGCAGACUGUCAUGCACAUACGCUUUGGCAUGAUGACGCCCAGGGAGCUGGCACAUCUGCUCAUCGUUCCGCUGAUGGAAUAUCAUAAGGAAUUUCUGGUCGAUCGCAUUGCCAUCGCCAUGAGCUAUCAUUCCGGGCAGGAGGAUCGUGUGCGCGAGAUCCGUGCAACCGAAUGCGGCCAAUUGCAAUUCACGCCUCGACUCUACUGGAACGACACGUGGAGCGUCGGCAUCGAUGUGCACAACUUUGACAAGAUCGAGGACUACAAGCCCUAUGUCACCUGCUUCUUUUCACAACGACACAUUGCCGAGACUAAGGACGAUUCGUGCAUGACCUGGGAGAUCGAGUUCUUUCCGCGCGGCGUCAAGUACAACAAGGCCAAAAUGGUCUGGGGCGAGGAUGUGCCCGGCUGUUCGCUCAACACGGUGCGACUGCGUGUCACAUGCAAGCAUCAGGACAUUGGCGAGGAGCGUUUCAAGGUCGCCGUGCUGAUAGUUGGCGUGCAGAACAAGAUUGAGCACAUACGCACCGUUGUCCAUCGCACCGAAUACUUUUCGGAUGAGGCGCGUGUCAUCAACUUGGAUAAUCUCUUGCCCUUCGACGAGCUGGAGCACACCUCGCGCAAUUUGAGUCCGCAUUUAACGGGCAAUCAGCGCAAUACGCUCUCCCUGCACGUUGUCAUAACACCGAUGGAUGCGCACACCUGCCGUGAUACGCCUCCAUUUCAAUUUUGAACCAAUCUAAACAGAUCAGACUACUCACAUACAACAUUUCCAAAUUCCUUGGAGUGGAGUGCUCUGUGAGAGCGUCGCUGCUUUGGCCAUAUGCUACAGAGUAUAGCUGAGAUCUCUCUCGCUUCAUUUCCAUUAGGAGUUAAUCAACACACACACACACACACACACAUACACGCACGCACACAUUUACAAAGUAGCUAAAGCAUUGUUGUACCCGCUCAGCCCCUAGAUGAUCCUAGUCGUUGGAAGCUUUUAGCUUCGAUUCGCUCGUGCAUACACCUAGCUCUAUGUGUGUAUCUGUACACAUAAAUAUUUAUAUCGAUAUAUAUAUAUAUAUGUAGAUAUAUAUUAUAUCUUCCAUCUAGUUAUGAUCAAUCCGUUGUAUAAAUGAAAAACAUUUGAAGCGCAGCUUUUCGUAGCACGUCGACGCAUCAAUUCUAUUCCUGCUGUACAUAUCCCAGCUUAAGCAUUAUAUAUAUGUAUAUAUAUUUAUAUAUAUGUAUAUGUAUAUGUAAUUUUCAACUAACGGUCUAUGGGUGUGUAUCUCAGCAAUACGUUCUGUUUUCGUUUCUUUCCAAUUCCUUUUUUUUAUAGUUUUAUAUGUUAUAUUAAUUAAUUUGAAUUCGAUUUUAACUUAAGCGUUUAGCAAAAAAGGCCAUUUAUUUUAUGUAUUCGUAGUUGGCUUUCCUCUUUUUUCUUAGACCAAAAACCCAUAUGUUUACUGAUCGCAAUGCCCAAGAGCCUUGCAACUGGACUAUGGAAAGGACGAACUUCUAAUAAACAUUGAUUUGUAUAGAAACGAAUGAGAGUUUUUAACUAUUUGAUAAGCUCGAAGUAGUUUGGAAGUCUUGCUUGCAGUUAGCACUUAACAUUAACUUUACCAGGCAGCUUACCCUCAGGUUUUGAAAUAUGUUUAGCGUGAUUUCGUUGUCAUUUAACUAAUGUGGUCUUUGAUCGUUAGAUGAGACAGCAGAUCGUCUGCUUCUUCUUCUAGUUCUGCUUUUACAGCUGGCGAAGCUACGCAAAUACUCAUAAAUUUUUACCACUCGCUGUACAACAUGAUAAUGCCGAUCUAUGUAAGGCUGUUACCAACUUAUGUAGCUGCGUUAGAAAGAUAGUAGUGCUACGUAUGUGUGUAUUUGUAUAGCUCUCUCUCGCUCUAACUCUAUAUAUACAUUAUCUUUGGCUUUUAGUGUAAAUAAUAUGUAGUCAAGUUUGUAAAAAACUACUUGGCUCUUGUUCUAACACCCAAAACAGCUGCUUAAGAAUCGAGCUAUCAAAAUCCAAACAUAUAUAUAUAUAUAUGUCCAUAGAUAAGAAGAGUAAGGUACAAAAAGAGAUCCAGGGGGCGAAGGGCGUGCGAAAGAGACAGAGGUUGAGCUAAGUGUUUAUAAAUAGAAAACGUUGUUUAUCUAAAUCAAAUCCUCUGUAUCCUAUAUACAUAUAUAACUAUAUAUCAACGACGUAAUUGUAAGACAUUGUCAACACUUUUUGUUGCCAGCUUUGAUUAAGGUUUCUUUGACUAACUCUAUAAUAGAUGCAUUCAUUG